ACACUAUUCACAUCUCAUCGUUUUUACCCAUACUCGGAAUCUUGGAACAAUUCGCUUAUUUGUAUCGAGGCAUGUCUUUCUACUUGCUUAAGUGAUUAAAAGCUAGAAUCAAAUAUACUGGACAUCUCUAUUAAAGUCAAUUCACUUUGGAGGGUCAACAUGCCGCCGAAAAGGAAGUCCAAGGCCAACAGCCUGGCAGAGGUGUCAACGCCAAAGGCAUCGUCAACUCCGGUCCGCGAUGAAGAUGCUAUGGAUAUAGAUACCCCGCAAGCCGCAGAUACUCCUCGAACUGCCGAAACACCUACAGCUUCCAAGCCGAAUUUGCCACCACCAUCUGAAAUCCUGAACAACUUAUGGACCGACGAUCAGGAAGCUUCACUGUUUAAGGCAGUUAUUCGCUGGAAACCUUCAGGUAUACACAAACAUUUCCGCAUGAUCUCGAUCUCAGAACACCUCCGCAACCACGGCUUCGACCCAGACGUCGAGACGCACACGCGCAUACCGUGUAUCUGGGACAAGCUCCGCCUCUUCUAUAACAUGGAAGCGAUAGACGAGCGCGACAACUCCUUCGACUACGUCAAGGGCGAAGGCGAAGGGCAAGACGAGGAGCCCGAGCAGAAAUACAAUUACUUCGAUCUACCAGCCCACGAUUUCCACGACUUGAUAUGGGAACGCGCAGCGGCUAAGCCUGGCGAGGAAUCAGCCCCGUCGGACGCGGAUAUCGAUGUACCGAGCAAACCCGCGCCAUCAACGGGCAAGAAGCGCAAGCGCGGCGGCACAAGAGGCACAGCGGAUUCGACGGCGGAUGCGGCGAGUGUCGCGGGUAGCACCACGACGAAGACGCGGGCGAGCACCGUCGAGGAUACGGACCAGGAGACUCCGCUGCCCAGUAGUCCUGCGGCGCGGACUAGAGGCGCCCAGAAACAGAAGCGCGCCGCCGCGAGAGCGAAGGCUGAGAGCGCAGAGCCCGAUGUCGAAGAAGAGGUCGAGGAAGAAGAAGAGGUAGUAGAGGAAGAAGAUAAUGAGGAGGAGGUGGAGGAGGAGGAGAGUGAGAAGGAGGAACCUAGUGUUGCUCCGACUACGAGGUCUGGGAGGGGAAGCGCGUUGAGGGGGAGAGGUGCGAGGGGGAGGGGACGGGGGAAGGCGGGGAGGAAGAAGGGUUGAGUGGAUUUUGGUGUGUUUGUUCACGAUGAUAAUGCGAGAUAGCGUGAUGGGGCUUCGCGAGUAUACUUUUGUCGGGUAUGGUGUAUAGGUUGAAAGACACCGCGAGGGAAUUUGCGAGGGAUUCCUCGACCGCAACUGAGGCACAGCGUAGCCUUGGAGCGAGGUAAAAUCAUGCUCACCUAGCUGGACUAUAUCCUCGCUAACGAACUACUCAGGCAGCUGCGAUUUUGACGAGGCUAUUGCAGC